AUGUGUCGUUUACUAGCUGCGUGGAUGAAGAAAGCUGUUUUACAAACUUACCGUCUAGAAAACAUCUACAGGCGUUGCGGCGCCAAUUCGAACGUCACGAAGCUGCUGUCUGCGUUUCAGACGGACGCGUGGGCGGUGCAGCUGAGCAGACAGGACUACACAGAGUACGAUGUUGCCAAUGUCCUCAAGCGCUUCUUUCGCGAACUACCCGAGCCCGUCUUCACGGCGCAUCUGCACAGACAUCUUUGUAAUACUGCCGUACUGAAGUGUACAGAGGAGGAGAAAUUGUCGAUCUACAGGACUCACUGGAGCAAUUGCCCACUGUUAACUACCUGA